CGAAACGCCUCGUGCAUGCAGACAUGCAGGGUUGAUCAGCCCGGAUACCUCAAUCCGGGCAAAGCACGAGUUUUCCUUCGACCGUGCGAACGGCCCGGUGUCCAAUUGAACUGUAGGUAUGAUAUUUGUCGACGAAUCGACUAAUUGACCACUUCGCAUAACGCCGCGCGCCACCUUGCUGCAGUUCAUUGCAACUACCGUUCAAAAAACUUUGUCAAGCCGCAUGGCGUUGUCUCAGAUGACGGGGAAGCCUCAGCCUUGUGCUUGUCAGAGACGAACCUUCUGUUCAUAUUUAUGUUAUCGUUCGUUCUCUGCAUUUCGAACGCUGCUUUCUUUGCUGAUGUCAUUUGAAUAAGUCAGUCAUCACUGAACCAGUUAUACGAUAAUCUCACCAUUCCAGUCAUGCCGCUCACUUCAUCGACCUUCGAAAAUGGCAGCUACAGUGAUGGGAAGUGGCUCUGUGCUUGCGACAAUCCGGUUCAAUGGCGUGUUGUCUCAAAGGAGGGCGAAACCAAAGGCCAGCGAUUCCUGAGAUGCAACUCCCAGCCUCAAUGUAGCUUCUUUCUCUGGGAAGUGCAUGAGAAAAACGCCCGCAAGAAGCUUAAUGAGCGAUCUUCCCAACCGCCUACCACGCCCACCAGUACGACCACCCAAGCCAACGCGCUGUACCUACCAACACCCAGUACAGCUGCAUGGGAUAGCACGCUACCAACGCGCACUCGUGGACUCCCGAUUUCGAACGGGACGCCCACACGGUCCCGGGGCAAGGCCGCCAGCUUAUCGUCAAUCAAAACAGAUGGUGAGAACGAUGAGGAUGAUGAGGACGGCAACAACAGCACUUUGCUCCCGCAGAUAAUCACCCGACUGAGGUCAGAUGGCGUCCUACUUAAGCCAUCUACAAGAGAGUACUUGGGGCACCUUCUUCGCGAGCAAAGCGCCAUUGAUGUGGCCAAGCUGCAGACUAGGAAUGACACAAUUGCCCGCCUUUGCAAGGAACUGGACCGGCUGACGGUCAAAGCGAACGUGGAUGUUCCGUAAACACAAACUGCCGACUAGAGAGGACAUGAUUUUGCAGAGUUUUGUUUGCUGAACUUAGCUCACUGGAUAUUGAUGGAGUACGUUCGUUCUGUGCUUCGUACUCGGCCCCUGUUGCAUGCAGUGCCAGCCAACUGUAGUGGCGUGUGAUGUAUGAUGAUUUCUGUGGUGAAGAUGGUUCUGGUGUCGGUGGAAACCCCUGCUCUAAGUGUAGAUGGCAAUACUGGG